CAAUGUUUAUACACGCGUCAACGCGUGUGAGAAAGAUGAAAAACACGCACGUCUGUCCAUCCGUGUGUUUUGCCUUAUUGCUACAAAUCAAUCUGUAGCAAUAACAUUAAUGACAUAAGUUUAGUUAUAUGUAAAUAAAAAGGAAAUAAAUGUUGCGUUCAAUUCGAACACAAGAACUUUUGAGUAGUUUUUGUUCUUUUUGUAGUAAAUAUACUAGGACAUUAGUUACUCAGGCAAGUACAAUGACAGAGAACAAAGAAAUUGAGACAAGCCAGGGUGAAAAAAGACCUCUGGAUAACGAUGCAGAGAUCGAAGCAAAGAAACAGAAAAUAGAACCACAGCCAUUCAUAAGGAUAAAAAGGAAAAACUAUGCAAUGAUGCUGGGUUACUGCGGUAAAAAUUAUUAUGGGAUGCAAAGGAAUCCUGGUUUUAACACGAUUGAAGAAGAGUUAAUAAAAGCGAUGUUAAAGGCCGAUCUAAUAACUUCAGAAGCUUUUGAGACAAUUCAAAAUAUUAACUUUCAGAGAGCAGCACGAACUGAUAAAGGAGUGUCUGCUGUUAGACAAGUUGUUUCCCUUAAACUACCCGAAGAUCCUUCUAAAGACAGUAUAAAUGAAACCCUACCAGAAGAUAUUCGGGUGUUUGCAAUAAAACGUGUUACAAAAGGCUUUAAUAGUAAAUCACAAUGUGAUGCCAGAACGUAUUCAUACACUAUGCCUACAUUUGCAUUGGCACCAGAAAAUUUAGAACUAUUUCAAGAAAUGUCUGAGUAUAAUGAUGUUGAAAAGAGGAUGGAGCAACUUUCCACUAUUGAUGGAAAACCUUUUCAUGAAUACAGGCUACCUCAAGAGAGAAAGGAAAAGUUGACUGAGUUGUUAAAGGUUCUUGAGGGAACUCAUAAUUUUCACAAUUUCACAUCAAAAGUAUUACCAUUGGACCCAAGAGCAAAACGUUACAUUAUGAGUUUCAUUGCAGAGGAGCCAUUUCUUGUAAAUAACAUGGAAUUUAUCACUCUAAAAGUCAAAGGACAAAGUUUUAUGUUACAUCAAAUUAGAAAAAUGGUAGCUAUGGUUAUAGGAGUCAUAAGGAAUAUUGUACCAAGAGAGGAAUUUGAAAAAACGGUGUUUGAACAAGCUAAAUAUGACAUUACCAUAGCUCCAAGUUUAGGACUGAUGUUAAAUAUUGUUCACUACGAUUAUUAUAAUAAAAGGUAUGGAAGUGAUGGAAUGCAUGACACACUAGAUUGGGCUGAGUGUGAUCAAGAAAUUGCAGAAUUUGAGAAGAAUUUUAUUUUAAAACAUGUUUUCGACACGGAGUUGAAAGAAAAACCUAUGCUCGAAUGGCUAGCGAAUCUUCAAGUUGGAGCGUAUGGAGUGCGAGACGAAAGUAGAGAUCAAAAGGAUGAUGCUAAAGAGGAUAAAGACGCUAAAGACGACGCUAAAUCAAGCGUUUCCGACGAAUAACGCUCGAAUUAUACAUAUUUUUUAUAUACAUAAUUGUACAUUUAUUUCAGCGAAUAAACAUCUUCGUAUGUUACACAUCUUAA